AUGGAGACAAUCGCGCUGACCCGCGCCAGCCUCGAGGGUCGCCUCCUAUUCGCCGUCCCCAAGAAGGGUCGUCUCAACCAGGCCACGCUAAACCUCCUCGAGGGCGCCGAUAUCCAGUUCAAGCGAGAGAACCGUCUUGACAUCGCCUUGGUCAAGAACCUCCCCAUCGCUCUCAUCUUCCUCCCCGCCGCCGAUAUUCCCACCUUUGUUGGAGAAGGCCAGGUUGACCUCGGAAUCACUGGCUGGGACCAGGUCCAAGAACACGAUGCCCGUGUAAGGGCUUACAACCGCGUACGGAGGGCCUCGGUCGACGCCUCCUCAUCCCUCGAUGAUGAAAUCAAGAACUCCCACAGCGAGAUGGUCAUGGAGCUCGGCUUCGGCGGUUGCAAGCUUCAGGUGCAAGUCCCCAAGAACGGCCCCUAUCGAACCUCGCAAGACCUCAUCGGCAAGACCAUCGGAACGAGCUUCGUCGAUCUGGCCACCGAGUACUUCGCCAGGCUUGAGCUUGGUCUGGACGUGGGCGAAGGCGUCGACAACGUUCCCCUUGUCAAGAAGCCUCGCACCAAGAUUAUCGAGCUGAGCGGAAGUGUUGAGGCGGCAUGUGCUCUCGGUGUUGCCGAUGGAAUUGUUGAUCUUGUCGAAUCCGGAGAGACGAUGAGAGCUGCCGGUCUCACCGCUGUUGACACCGUGGUUGAGUCUCAGUCUGUCCUCAUCAAGUCCCGCAACCCCUCCAACCCCGAGCUCGUCGAGCUCAUUGCUGCUCGUAUCCGCGGUGUCAUUACCGCCCAGCGCCACGUCAUGUGCCAGUACAACGUCGAACGCUCCAGGCUCCCUGUAGUCACCAAGAUCACCCCUGGCAAGCGUGCUCCUACCGUUACGAGCCUUGACGAGGAUGGCUGGGUUGCUGUCAGCGUCAUGGUUGAGUCAAAGAAGAUUGCCGUCGUCAUGGAUGACCUCGUCAAGGCCGGCGCGCAAGAUAUCCUUGUCCUUGAUAUCAAGAACUCGAGGUAA